GCGGUAGAAACUGGAGGCUGCGGGCGGCGACCCCCAUAGCUGUUUGCCUGGGACUCCAGAUCCAGACUCCGCCUCCCGGAGAGCGCAGCACCCUCUGGCUCCACAGAAGCAGCCAACAUGCCUAUUUUCAAGUGCCCGCAAAAGUCGGAGCCCCUGUGGAAGGAGUGGGACCAGAAGGCCCAGAAGAACGGACUGAGGCACCAGGUGUUUGCUGUCAAUGGCGACCAUUACGUGGGUGAGUGGAAGGACAACAUGAAACACGGGAAAGGAACACAGGUCUGGAAGAAGGACGGAGCCAUCUAUGAGGGGGACUGGAAGUCUGGGAAGCGAGAUGGCUAUGGCACCCUCAGCCUUCCUGACCAAGAGACCGGAAAGUACAAGAGAGUCUACUCAGGCUGGUGGAAAGGCGAUAAGAAAUGUGGCUAUGGGAUCCAGUUUUUCGGACCCAAGGAGUAUUAUGAGGGUGACUGGUGUGGCAACCAGCGCAGCGGGUGGGGCCGCAUGUACUACAGCAACGGAGACAUCUACGAGGGCCAGUGGCAUAACGACAAGCCAGAAGGGGAGGGCAUGUUGCGCCUGAAGAAUGGGAACCGCUAUGAAGGCAACUGGCAGAGAGGUGUGAAGAAUGGGUCGGGGCGUUUCUUCCACCUGGACCAUGGUCAGCUAUUUGAAGGCUUCUGGGUGGACGACGUGGCCAAGUGUGGCACAAUGAUUGACUUCGGCCGCAAUGAGGCCCCCCAGCCCACCCAGUUCCCCAUUCCUGAGGUCAAAAUUCUAAAUCCCGACGGUGUGUUGGAGGAAGCCUUAGCCAUGUUCAAGAAGAUAGAAGAAGGAGAUUGA